CCUCCACUUCAGUUUAAUAUUACAACUGAGUCGAGAUCGUGCAUCUAUAAAUUACAGUCGCUAUGCUAAAGUUUCUGAUCGUGGUUCUGGCCUUGUGCAGUGUGGCCUUUGCCGAGUGGCAGCCCAAGACUGGCGAUGAAAUCAAGAAAAUCCGCGUAGAGUGCCUGAAGGAGAGUCCCCUGAGCAACGACCAGGUGGCCCAAUUGAAGCAGCUGGUCUUCCCCGAUGAGCCGGAGGUGCGCAAGUACUUGGAGUGCACGGCCACCAAGCUGGAGAUAUUCUGCACUGUCGAGGGCUACCACGCCGACCGCCUGGCCAAGCAGUUCAAAAUGGAUCUGACCGAGGAGGAGGCCCUGAAGAUCGCCCAGGGCUGUGUCGACUCCAACCCCCAGCAGAGCCCCUCGGAUGUGUGGGCUUUCCGUGGACAUCAGUGCAUGAUGGCCAGCAAGAUCGGUGACAAGGUGCGGGCCUUUGUUCGGUCCAAGCAGGAGGCCAAGGCUUAAGGUUAAGAGUUCUUUGUUGACGUAAAAUAAAAAUAUUUUCGCGAUCAUUUGUGCGGGAAUGCAACCAUUCGAA